CGAGGAAGUUGGGCGGCCCGGUUCGAUGCCCCCGCCCCCGCCGCGUCCUGGAGGCUCCCAGCGCGUGCGAGGGACGGAGGUGGCGGCGGCGGGGUCCGGGUAGGUGAGGGGCGUGCGACGGACCCUCUUCAGUCCCUGGGACGCAGCCUCGGACAGGCGGUCACUGACGUGUCUCAUAGAGACACACUCUUUCCCAGAGUGUCUUCCUGGGUCUUCAUGCAGCCAUGGAUCUGGACAAACCGUCUGUCUGGGGCUCAUUAAAACAGCGGACCAGGCCUUUGUUAAUCAACCUGAGCAAGAGGAAGGUGAAAAAGAACUCAAACAAACCCCUGGACUUAAGGGCCAGGCAUUGUCUGGACCGCCGCCUUAGCCUCUCUGUCCCUGACCUCCUGGAGGCCGAGGCCUUGGCCCCGGAGGGGCGGCCAUACUCCGGUCCCCAGUCAUCCUACACCUCGGUGCCCAGCAGCCUGUCAACUGCAGGGAUCUUCCCCAAAAGUAGUAGUAGCUCCUUGAAACAGUCUGAAGAAGAAUUGGAUUGGAGUCAGGAGGAAGCGGGCCACCACCAUGUUGUGGAAACGGACUCUGAGGAGACCUACGUCUCGCCCGCCGAGGACAGGAGGGCGUCCAGCAAUGGCAUCUUUGAUCUGUUCCAGAAAACCCCCCUUGGAGAGGAUGGACCAGAAGAGUCAGAGAAGCUCUGUGGAAGCACUGAUCUGAAUGCUUCUCUGACAUCUCAGCAUUUUGAAGAGCAAUCUGUGAGUGACAAUCCUUCAAAACAGACAAACACUACAGUAAAUACUACUCUCAGGGAAGCCGGUGAUGGCUUGAGUCACCUGCCCAGCCCCUUUGCCUACCUCCUCACCAUACACUUGAAGGAAGGCCGGAACCUGGUCAUCCGGGAUCGCUGCGGCACGAGUGAUCCUUAUGUGAAAUUUAAGCUGAAUGGGAAGACUCUGUACAAAAGUAAAGUCAUAUACAAGAACUUGAAUCCAGUUUGGGAUGAGAUAGUUGUAUUGCCAAUCCAAAGCCUUGAUCAAAAGCUCCGUGUAAAGGUGUAUGAUAGAGAUUUAACUACAUCUGAUUUCAUGGGUUCUGCAUUUGUCAUUCUGAGCGAUCUUGAACUUAACAGAACGACUGAACACAUUUUAAAAUUGGAAGAUCCAAACAGUUUAGAAGAUGACAUGGGAGUGAUUAUAUUAAAUCUGAACCUAGUAGUAAAACAGGGUGAUUUCAAGAGACAUCGUUGGUCAAAUCGGAAGCGGUUAAGUGCCAGCAAGUCCUCUUUGAUACGCAACCUACGGCUCUCAGAGUCCUUGAAAAAGAACCAACUCUGGAACGGGAUUAUAAGUAUAACUUUGUUGGAAGGAAAGAAUGUCUCAGGAGGAAGCAUGACAGAGAUGUUUGUCCAGUUAAAACUGGGAGAUCAGAGGUAUAAAAGUAAGACACUGUGUAAGAGUGCAAAUCCGCAGUGGCGGGAACAGUUUGACUUUCACUACUUCUCUGACAGGAUGGGCAUUUUGGACAUUGAAGUGUGGGGAAAGGACAGCAAAAAGCACGAGGAACGUCUGGGCACGUGUAAAGUGGAUAUCUCAGCGCUCCCGCUCAAGCAAGCCAACUGCUUGGAGCUGCCCCUGGAGAGCUGCCCGGGGACUCUCCUGAUGCUCAUCACCCUCACGCCCUGUGCGGGAGUCUCAGUCUCAGAUCUGUGUGUGUGCCCCUUGGCAGACCCCAGCGAAAGGAAGCAGAUCGCCCAGCGAUUUUGCUUACAGAACUCCCUGAAAGAUAUGAAGGACGUCGGCCUUUUACAAGUGAAGGUUUUAAAGGCGGUAGAUCUCUUAGCAGCAGAUUUCUCAGGGAAGAGCGAUCCCUUUUGCUUGUUGGAGUUAGGAAAUGACCGGCUUCAGACACAUACCAUUUACAAAAACCUCAACCCUGAGUGGAACAAAGUUUUUACAUUUCCCAUUAAAGAUAUCCAUGAUGUUUUGGAAGUGACAGUGUUUGAUGAAGAUGGAGAUAAACCUCCCGAUUUUCUUGGAAAAGUUGCCAUUCCUUUGUUGUCUAUUCGAGAUGGACAAACAAACUGUUACGUAUUGAAGAAUAAAGAUUUAGAACAAGCUUUUAAAGGAGUUAUUUACUUGGAGAUGGACCUCAUAUAUAACCCGAUCAAAGCAAGUAUUCGGACCUUUACUCCCAGAGAAAAGCGCUUCACUGAAGAUAGCCGCAAGCUGUCCAAAAAGAUCUUAUCAAGAGAUGUAGACCGUGUGAAAAGAAUCACCAUGGCAAUAUGGAAUACAAUACAGUUCCUUAAAAGCUGCUUCCAGUGGGAAUCCACAGUGAGAAGUACAGUAGCAUUCAUGGUGUUUUUAGUCACUGUCUGGAAUUUUGAACUGUACAUGAUCCCACUGGCAUUAUUGCUGCUCUUUGUCUACAAUUUCAUCAGACCCACGAAAGGGAAGGUUGGCAGCAUCCAGGAAAGCCAGGAGAGCACAGACGUAGAUGAGGAGGAAGAUGACGAUGACAAGCCCCCUCAUAUGAUACCAGAUGAGAAUCCUGCUGCAAGCCAAAGACACAUGCUGGAAUCUGAGAAAAAGGGCUUAAUUGAAAGAAUCUAUAUGGUACAGGAUAUUGUUUCAACCGUCCAGAACAUCUUGGAGGAAGUAGCUUCUUUUGGAGAAAGAAUUAAAAACACAUUUAACUGGACGGUCCCAUUCCUUUCAUUCCUGGCCUGUUUGAUACUGGCAGUGGCCACCAUCACUUUGUAUUUCAUUCCACUCCGGUACAUCAUUUUAAUCUGGGGCAUAAAUAAAUUCACGAAGAAGCUUCGAAAUCCCUAUGCCAUCGACAAUAAUGAGCUACUCGACUUCCUCUCCAGGGUACCAUCUGAUGUUCAAAAGGUGCAGUACGCGGAACUGAAGCCCUGCAGCAGCCAGAGCCCCCUUCGGAAGAAGCGCAGUGCGCUCUAGGACACACGCGACUUUGGCCGCCAGCACCCGAUUCCAUGUUGGGUUGAUUAGACCAGUGUCCCCUCUCGUUGCGUGGUAUCUGUGCUGUCGUUCUAAAACAUGUGCCGAGUGGAACCCUCUCUGUAUUCCCCCCUUCUUCACAUCACAGAUGCACACACAUGUGUGCACAUCCAUGUGCAUGGGCGUCCUGGUUGCAUCUCGAAUCAACCCAGCAAAAAGAAACCAUCCGGAGACUGUGAAAGACUAGCAUCCCUUCUCAAAAGACUAACAUCUCUUCUCAAAUGGGAGAUAAAGCAAGGAAGGCUUCCCUGGGUCUGAGCAUCCUCCUUGAAAACAGCCAGGAGGCCACUUGGAUUCAAGCAUGACUUUGAACUUGUUUUCACACCUCCCACGGAUUCUCAUUAAGAUUCAGUUAGUUCCAUGCCCCACCGCACCCCCACCCCCACUCCUUUCAGAUGACUAUUCACGAGUCAGUUUUUUUCUCUGAGUUCACAAGUCUUUGAUAGCCACCAUCUACCCAAAGAAUGUAUAUUAUAAAUAGAUUUUUUUAAAUAAUUACCAGGAUUAGCCCAGUUCUUUGGGGAUCUUUCAACCGAGACUACGAAAGACCUACGUGUAAAAUGUCAGUAAGCUGCUGGGUGCUGGAUGCCAGCCUACAUCGUGGUCCAUUGCUGGCAGUGGAUGCCCCAGGAAUGGCUCAAGGGAAUCGGCCAUCCAAAAAGUAAAGGUUUCAUGAAAGGAUUUGGUUGCCAUUUCUUCCGACUUGACUUUUUGCUCUUUUCCCAAAUAAAAGAUCUCUGUUUGUAGCUUAAGAAAGAGGGGGAGGGGGAUGAAUGAAUGAAUUCUGAAAGUAUUUAAAAAAAGGGCUGAGGAGCAAGGGACUAAUGUAUGUGGCUGCUUAUCUGAUUGUCAUAAUGCCUUCAUUUGCUUGCAUUUUUAAGGAAGUAAGCCUGCUGUAGCAGUCCAAAUUGAUCUUUUGUUCCUGAGCAAAAUAAGCUACACAUAAUAAAAAUAUAUCUCAGAACCCCAUUUCUAUAAAAGUACCAUCCAGAAGUCCUCCUUUGAAUGUAUCUGAUUCCUAUAGACUUUAUCAUUUCACAGUUAUUCCCCCCAAGUAAAAAAAAAUCCCAAUGUUUGUGCAUAUAUAAAAUGUAUGCAAAUAUCUUUUUCAAAUAAUAUUUAAAUUGUAAAAACUUUUGUUGACACAUACUUUGUAUGUGCAGUUAUAUAUAUAUAUAUAUAUAAAAUAUAUAUUUGUGUGUGUGUAUUGUAAAGAAAAGUUGAGGUAAAGAGGUCUGAUUUAAUAGUUUUACUAUGUUUUUUUUUCCCCUCUCAGUUGUAAUUUAAUAAUCUUCAAACAAAAUGUUUAUGAAAAAUGCCAAAGAUUCUAAACCUUA